UACAAUGUAUUUGAAAAACGGUAAACAGCUUUCACCCUUGACUGAGCAUGUUUGCAUCAGGUUGCAUCCACCUGUCUUUAUAACAUUUAGCAUAAACUACUUAAUGUGCUGCAUAAUUUAGUUUACCUCAUUUGCUGGUUUUUAUUAAUCUCAUCACCAUCGGUAACGUUGUAUGAGUUCUAUAUGUUACGGUUCUGAUAGCUGUUAACAAUGUUUCCAUGUAAAAUACGUCUUUCGUGUUUCCUUCAACUGUCGUUAAUGACCGGAGUUUUAACUGCCCUACAUGAGAUUUCUGUUUCUACUAAUGUUGGGACUAUAAUUGGAAAUAUGGAGAUCGUAGAAUUUGACGGAGAAAGCAGGUACGUUCAACGUUUCUUGGGAAUUCCAUACGCCAAGCCCCCAGUAGGAGAACGACGUUUCGAGCGACCGGAGCCGUUUGGGAAAUUUUCUGAUACGCACAACGCUACAUUUCACAGACCACACUGCCUGCAAACAAUUCCUCUGUUUUAUGAACACCUGGAAGAUUUUGAUAAAAGCGAGGAUUGUCUUUAUCUGAAUUUAUAUAUACCAGGGAACACCACUUCGAGAGAAAAUAAAUUUGCAGUGAUGAUUUACGUGCAUGGAGGUAGUUACGCCAUCGGAGGUGCUGAUAUCUACUCAGGGGACAUACUCAGCACAUUCAACGACGUCAUUGUUGUUACAGUUAAUUACCGAUUGAAUGUGUUUGGAUUUCUAAGUAAUGGGACAAAAUCUUCGGGAAACUUCGGCUUAUGGGAUGCAAGGAUGGCUAUUCAAUGGGUACAUGAUCAUAUCAGAACAUUUGGUGGGGAUCCCGAACGUGUGACACUCUUUGGAAAUUCCGCAGGCGGUUCUGGAGUGAUGUAUCAAGCCAUGAAUCCUAAGAACAAGGGAUUGUUUCAAAGGAUUAUAUCACAAAGUGGAACUAGUUUGGCAUUCUGGGCAUCUCAAAGAAAUCCGUCUGACUUAUAUUUUCAAUAUAUCAAAGACGUAGGUUGCGAUUUAAUCGAAUUCGAACUGAUAGCAAAAUGUCUGCGCAAUAAACCUGCCGAAGAAUUACAGACAGAAUCUUUCAAUUUCGUUCCAUCCGUUGAUAGGGAUUUUGUUCUACAAGAACCUGCAAGCCUACUUUCAGGUGAUUCUCUAGCAGGCAAGUCUGUCUCAGAAUUCUUUGCGGAAAUAGAUCUUAUAGAUGGAGUAACGAGUAGCGACGGGGCAGUGAGUGUACCUACCUGGCAGGCACAGUUAGAGAAAAAGAACAUAGAUAUCAGUAUGGGUGUUCCUAGAAGCUAUUUUGAGAAAGUUCAGGUACCUGCGAGACUGACGGGGGUAUUUGGGGAUACAUCAGCUGUACUGACCGAAACGGUUAUACAUCAAUAUACAGACUGGGCUCGUCCUGAUGAUCCUGUAGCUACAAGAGAAAAUAUGAUUGAUUUGGAAUCUGAUACUUGGUUUUUCGUUCCUGCAAUAGAAGCUGUACAGAAGCACAGCGCCAUUUUGAAAAAGUCAACUUCAUUCUUUUAUGUAUUUGAUCAAAAACCGAGCUUUGUUCCUAUACCAAAAUGGCUGAAAGGGGCGACACAUACAAUGGACGUUGCCUAUGUCUUCGGACUCCACGAAUCACUUGAAAGAAAGUUAAUAGACGAUCAGGAUGCUAUAGAGCCUUUUAAAGUUACCCAAGAUGACAUUAAAUUGUCGAGGAGUUUAAUGGCAAUGUGGAGUAAUUUUGCAAAAAGCGGAAAUCCGAAUUCACCCGUUUCUACUGCAACUAUUGACUGGCCUCAGUUUGACAGCAAAGAUCAGAAAUAUCUUAUCCUGUCGGUAAACAUGACGUCACAAUCCGUGAAGAACCACCCAAUGGCAACACGUGUAGCAUUCUGGAAAGAUUUAGUUCCUGUUCUCAGAAGAAGAUGUAAAGUUGCACCUCUUACCUCAGAUGCGCCUAUGCUGUCUGUCUGGCUAUCAAGUACUGCGUUGAUACUGUUUGUAUGCAGUAUAUUUCUGUAACAUUAAAAAUGACGUAUGAUACUUUCGAGUGAUUCAAGAAAAUAUAUUAUAUCAGUACAAGCCAAUAGAUUGUAAAGAGCCACGUGGUAAGACUUACGGUGAGAUCCACGAUACUGGAUGAACGAUGAUAUUGUUCUAUAUAUGAGCCGUGCCAUGGGAAAACCAACAUAGUGGCUUUGCGACCAU